AUGGCCGAAGUCAUUACCUUCAAUGGAUCUAUCCAAGAACUUAAUGAUCUUAUUACUGGUUACUCAGGAUUGAGUAUUCUUGAUUUAAACGCAGCUUGGUGCAGUACUUGCAAAAGAUUAAGCAGAAAAUUACCAGCUUUAGCUGAAGACACUCCAAAUACUAGAUUCAUCAAAAUUGACAUUGAUGACAAUCCAGAAAUCAAAGUCUACUUCGGAGUUGACGCAAUUCCAUCAUUGAAAUUUUUAAAGGGUGAAUCCAAGUUACAGGCAUUAGACAGUUACAUUGGUGAUAAUAUUGAUAUUAUUAAGGGAAAAAUUUCCAAACUUAAUUAG